AUGGAAAGAUUUGUGAAAUGGAACCCUUCUUCUCAAAAAGGAAUGCUUCAAACUCUUUUGCAUCCAUUGACAGAAAACCCACCUCACAUUUCAUCAUACCCACCCAUUUUCCAGUUCUUGACUGGCCAAAACUUCAUCAAACUAGGCCAACAAGUCCACUCCCACAUGGUCCUCCGAGGUCUCCAACCCGACGCCUUCGUUGCUUCAAAGAUGGUAGCAAUGUACGCUAGCUCAGGCGAUUUGAACUCCGCUAUAGUCCUCUUUGAUAGUAUUACAAGUCCAUCUACUCUUUUGUACAAUUCAAUUAUUCGAGCAUAUACCUGGUACGGGUUUUUCGAGAGAACUUUAAGAACCUACUUUGGAAUGCAUUUGUUGGGUCUUAAAGGUGAUUGCUUUACAUACCCUUUUGUGCUCAAGUCCUGUGCUGACUUAGCGCGUGUUGGAUUGGGAAAAUGCGUUCAUGGGUUGAGUUUGAGAACUGGGUUGGAGUUUGAUAUGUACGUAGGGACUUCUUUGAUUGAUAUGUAUGUGAAAUGUGGUGAAUUGAGUGAUGCCCAUAAGUUGUUUAAUGAAAUGCCUGUGAGAGAUGUUUCAUCUUGGAAUGCAUUGAUUGCUGGGCACAUGAAAGAUGGCAAGAUUUCUGUUGCGGAGGAUUUAUUUGGGAAAAUGUCGAAUAGGAACAUUGUGUCUUGGACUGCUAUUAUAUCCGGGUACACUCAGAAUGGAUUGGCGGACAGGGCGUUGGGUUUGUUUGAUGAGAUGUUGCAGGAGGAUUCGGAGGUGAAGCCUAAUUGGGUUACAAUCAUGAGUGUUUUACCUGCUUGUGCACACUCUGCUGCUCUUGAGUGCGGUAGACGGAUUCAUAAGUAUGCUAGUGAGAUCGGUUUGGAUUUUCAUUCUUCGGUGGAAACAGCACUUGCUGCAAUGUAUGCUAGAUGUGGGAGCCUUGUUGAUGCCCGAAGUUGUUUUGAUAGGAUCCGUCAAAAUGAAAAGAGUUUGGUUACUUGGAACACCAUGAUUACUGCAUAUGCUUCUCAUGGCCAUGGACCAGAAGCUGUGUCAACAUUCGAGGAUAUGAUAAGAGAUGGGAUUCAACCCGAUGCAAUCACAUUCACGGGUUUGUUGUCAGGAUGCAGCCAUUCUGGUCUUGUCGAUAUUGGCUUGAAAUACUUUGACUGUAUGAGUAAAGUGUAUUUUGUGGAACCAAAACACGAAAAUUAUGCUUGUGUCGUAGACCUUCUUGGUCGUGCUGGGAGAUUAGUGGAAGCGUAUGACCUUAUCUCUCAAAUGCCAAUGCAAGCAGGACCAAGCAUAUGGGGCUCGCUAUUGGCUGCCAGUCGAAGCCACCGGAAUUUGGAGAUUGCAGAAAUAGCAGCUAGAAAGUUGUUUUUAUUAGAACCAGACAACAGUGGGAAUUAUGUUCUGCUCUCAAAUAUGUAUGCUGAUGUUGGGAUGUGGGAGGAAGUGAACAAUUUGAGAACUCUAUUAAAAUUGCAGUGUGUGAAGAAGAGUCCUGGAUGCAGUUGGAUUGAGAUCAAUGGGAAAGCUCAUUUAUUUCUUGGAGGAGAUUUGUCUCAUCCACAGGCUAAGGAAAUCUGCGCGUUAUUGGAGGCACUGCCUGAGAAGAUUAAGGCAGCUGGUUACAUACCAGAUACUAAUGCUGUGUUGCAUGAUGUCAGUGAAGAGGAGAAAGAGCAAAACCUGACAACCCACAGCGAGAAGUUGGCCAUUGCCUUUGGGCUUCUUAAUACCGGUCACGGAACAGUUCUUCGAGUGACAAAAAACCUUCGAAUCUGUGGAGACUGUCACACAGCCACCAAGUUCAUUUCAAAAAUCUAUGGACGAGAGAUCAUUGUGAGAGAUAUAAAUCGGUUCCAUCAUUUUAAAGAUGGAUCCUGUUCUUGUGGAGACUAUUGGUGA